AUUGUGGGACUUUUGAAACUCGCGUCAUAUCCAGUAAACAUGGAAGGCUCUGCCAACCCAGUGGGAAAAAAACAUUAUAUUUUUUCCUUAUUUAGCCCCAUGUAAUAUGUGAAGAAAUGGACCAAAUAGUAAGCACAAAUUCCUCUGCAGCUGAAGAUGACGAAUCUGCGAAGAAAGAAGAAUGGUUUUUGACAAGAGUUGGGAAAAAAUUGGAGCGGCUCUGCUUGUACGAGAAUACACAGGUCACUCUCGGACGUGGCUUAAACGUCACACACCAGCUACUGUCCCAAAGCAACCCCCUAAUGAUAUCCAGACUCCACUGUAUGUUCAAGCGAGGAGAGGACGGCCAGUGGACGGUGACAGACAUGAAGAGUCUCAAUGGCGUGUGGGUGAAUGAACAACGUAUUCCUGUGGACAAGGCUCACUCCCUGAAGCCAGGGGACUCGAUAAAGCUGGGUGUGCCCGUUGUAGCCGGCACAGAGGUGGAGUAUGAGUACAUACUGGUAAAGCGGCGCCUCAUUGCCUCAGAAUCCUGCCUAGCGAGUGGGGCUAAUGAAGCGGCGUGCCUCGCUUCCCGAUCCAAGAAAACCAAAAGGAAGUUGAACUCUGAUGAACUAGAGCCCUCAGCGUCAUCAAAGUCCAAGCUGUACCGGUGCUCCCCCACAGACAAGUCCCAUGGCCAGCCCUGUCCCACUGAUGAACCGCGCGAGAAGCCAGGGAGCCGGAUGCCAGAGGAGGCGGGGCCCAGUGCGCUGCAGCGUCAGGAGUGGCCCAGCGGGGAUCUGUCCAGCCUGCAGAUUUACAGCCAGAACAUCCAGGUGCUGCAUGACCGACUGGGUGACACCCAGCGGCUGAUGGAGGUGGUGGAGGGGCAGCGCCAGCACGACCCCCACCGGGAGGAGCAGGUCAAGGAGCUCCAGAGCCAGUUGGAACUGCUCCACGGCCAGUUACGCAGAAUGGAGAUGCUGGAGAAGUCCAUCGGUGAGACUCAGAAGCGCCUGGAGUUGCAGAAAACUUUUAAACAACAGUCGGAUGAGGAGGCUUUAACCAAACAGCUGAAGGAGGCUUUGUUAGAGCAAAGAAAAGUCAUAGAGGAACUUGCGCUCUCACGGCAAGGCUUCGAGGAUGUUAUCAAGGCCAAGGACAAAGAGCUGGAGGUGACAAAAGAAGAGAAGGAGAGAGCGAGAGCACAGAAGGAGGAAGUUGUAACGCAGAUAACUGAGGUGCUCGAGAAUGAACUUCAAUGCAUCAUUUGCUCAGAGCUCUUCAUUGAGGCGGUGACGGUGAACUGCACGCACAGCUUCUGCCUGCACUGCAUCAGGGAGUGGCUCAAGAGGAAGGAUGAGUGUCCCAUCUGUCGUCAGGCCAUCCUGUCUCAGACCCGCUCCCUGGUGCUGGACAACUGCAUCGACCGCAUGGUGGAGCAGCUCAGCCUGGACAUGAAGCUGAGGCGCCAGGAGCUCAUCGUCCAGAGGAAAGCUCAGCGUGAAGAGGUGCUGGUGAUUGACGACGACACCUGCAGCAGUGGGAGCAGUACCAGUGGGAGCAGCAGUAGCAGUGACCUCUCCCUGGACAACCUCAGCUCCGUCAUCUCCCUGAGCCACAGUGACCACUGGGGCUCUAGCCCCACGACUUACAUCAGCGACGACUCAGACAGUGACGAUGUUUUUGUAUGGAACAUUUAGCCUGUUUGACCUGACACCUUGGCGCUUUUUUGUUUUUGGGGGGGGGAGGGUUGUUUUGUUUUGUUUUUUUUGUUCUGUCAGAGAUGCCGAUGAGACCGUGCCGAUAAGUCCAUUCUUGCCAGAAAACUAGUGCACUCAGUGUUAUGUCUCAUGCCUUUAGUUCAUAUUUUGUUUGUAACUUUGUCCUUCGGUCUGUCUUGUUUUUCAUUUUCCCAGUGAAACAAUAAAGUUUCUGCAUUGAUUUCAAAGUCGCAAUGCAUCUGCCAAGGAAUGGGCACAAGGUGGCGCCAUUUGAACACUGCUCAUUGUUUUUUAUUUUUUAUAUGAUGGGGUGGGUAUUGUUAAUUUUAUUUUAGGAAGCCGUAUGAUCCAAUAUUGAUAUAGCUAAUAAUUCAUUCUAUUGACCCAGACUUUUAGGAGUGUGACCCAAGCCUUACUGAACUUCAAAGCAGUAAUUUAAAAGUUUUUUGAAAACAGUACACAGAAAAAGGGAGGCAGAAGCCUGUUAAAGGUACCUGUGUUUGCCAAAGUUCUCCUUGGCAAUUUACACACGGCCAAGUUGCCUAGCAACGAAUGGAACGGCUCGGCCUGCCAUGAAGGAAAACCAGGUGUGAUCGCUCCAUAGUCCAAACAGAGAUACGGGACAUUUUGCAGGCUCUGAAAGGAUGAACAGAUGGCUAUUUUGUUUUGGCUGGGUUUCCUUUGCACACAGUGAUCUUUGAAAAUGUUAAAAUAGUUUAAAUUCUGCUGAUAAAAACUGUGUAAGCCAAAAAUGUUUUCCAAAACGCAGCUAAUACCAAGACAAUCGUCGGUUCUGGAAAUGAAGUGAACAUUUUUCUUUAGUUUUCUUCUGUGAACAGGGCCGACUACAUUCAGGACCUGAGGGAAGGGGUCCCCUGUACAAUUCUACAGUAACCUACAUUACCAAAGUGAAGUAGGCUAUGAGUUUGUGGUUUGUUAAUCUAUUUUGUUCACUGUAAGACAGGCAACUAUAUAUCGCUCUGCAGAAGAGCACUAAAUCACAAAAAUGUUGAUGUGAAAUGUUUAUUCUUAACAUGCAGAUUUUCUCUGCAGUGUCACACAGAAUAAUUUGGGGUUCUUCAGAUGCAGAACCACGAGAAGACGCAACACUGAAAGAUCAGAGCCGAGGAAAAGGACAUCACCGACUCGUGACUCACACACAGGAUUGUCCCACAGAUGAUUCUGCGUCAGUCCCAGGCGAGAUGUCUGUGAUCCCCAAACGUUACCCCCCCCUCCUCCAUAGGUUAAUAUCCCGAGUGCAUUUCAGCGCCUGCUUCUGGAGACUACUGCGCAGAGAAGGCCUGUGUCACGCCAGUCCAUUAGAAGCUGAGUGUAGCGUGUGUCUGUCAGUCUGUGUUACACCAGGACGACAGUGACGGCCAGUCCCCGGGCCCUAGUCGAGUGCCCCCCCCCACCCCCACGCUUCCUCCAGGAGCCUCUGCCAUGGUGUGUCAUGAAAAGAACAAUGUCAGCAAUGGUUCUGCUCUCUCUUCAAUCGCUGUGCCCCCCCCCAUUACACUGAAGCGUUUGGGUCAAACCAAAAAACGUCCAAUUAAGUUAGCCUAUUAAAUAAGGUCUUAUUACAUAAUUAAGCGAAUAUCCUCCUAAAGCACCAUAUUAUGUCACAAGGCUGACCAUGUCAUAGUCGCUACCCUAACCUCUUCAUAAUAUAGCCUUGUCCUAUAAUCUAAAAGUGCUAGAACUACUAAAGUCUAGGCUAUAAAUGAACACUUAAUACUACACAUUCCUACCUGACAUUGAUCAGAAUCAAGGCCGUAAUCACAAUAUAUAUUCAUAUAUAUAAUAUUCAGAUAUGCUCAAAAUGUCCCCCCCAAAUAUGUCAAUUAUUAAUAAAAUAAAAAUGCGCUACGCUACGACAGGCAACCCAUGCACCGCUUUCCAAAAAUAAUAAUUAGCAAAUCUAAACAUAAUCAUAACUAAACUUAACAAAUUGCCGUUAUUAUUACUACCAGUUCUAGUUUUGUGGUUUACUGCAUUUCGGCGUGUGGUUUGUCCAAGUGUUGCAGUACCCCAGCACAAGCCGUCGGUCGAUUUCUGUUGGUAGGUACUAUCUAUGAGUGGAAAACUAAAAUGUAAUAUGAGUGUUACGUAUAUCUUCUUGUCGAAUGUGAUAGUUUUAACUGUAAUUGUGGAAAUAAUAGUUUGCUAAAAAGCGUCAGUAUUUGCAUGGAGUGUAAAAGGUUUUUGGUGCAAACGGGACGAUUUGCAAAUGCUAAUCAACCAUCACAAUGGUGCGCAUGUGCGUAUUCAACUAACUGUAAUGUCUUACGUUAAUGACUUCGUUAGAAAUGUCAGAAAGCCCACGUGAAGUCUGAGUAAAGUGUCAGUAAUUUAU